AUGUUGGAAUCUCUUAAGAAAGAGAUGCCUCAUUUGGAGAUACUUGAGGCACUUCAAGAUAGUCUUCAGGCUGAAAUCAUGUCCAAAAAGUCCUUACUUAUGCUAGAUGACAUUUGGGAGGAUGAUGAGAAGAAGGAUAAAAGUAAAUGGGAGGUCCUCGUCCCUUUGACUUAUGGGAGUUUGGAAAGUAAAAUUUUGGUAACAACUCGAACGAACUCAGUUGCACUGAUAUUUGCAAAGGAAGGUCAUUUUUCCACUCCGUCUGAUAUUGCUAGAGCUAUUGUGACACACUUUAAGAAUCUUUACAACCCUGUGCCCUCAUCUUCUCGUUAUCAUCAAUACUUUGCUGCUAUUGGGAAUUCUAUUCCUACACAUCUUUUGGGAUCUGUAAUUGCAUAUGUCACUGAUUUGGAGAUCAAACAAGUGGUUUUUUCUGGCCCCACUUCCUCCUCUUCGGGUCCGGACGGCUUCACUUUCGAAUUUUUCAAGACUUCUUGGGAGGUUAUUGGGUUGUAUGUUACUAAUGCUGUAAAAACUUUUUCAAUGUGGGGCACCUUCCCAGAUAUUCUUGCUAAUCGCCUGAAAAGUGUUAUGCCUUUUAUCAUUCACAAGAGUCAAGAUGGUUUCAUUUCUAAGAGGAUUUCAACUGAUAACAUUAUCUUGGCUAAUGAGGUCUUGAAUUGUUUUAAUGCUGUCCCCAACAAAAAGUUUUUUUGUGCUAAGUUGGACAUACGGAAAGCUUUCGAUUCUGUGUCCUGGGAAUUCCUGUUUUACAGAUUAAAGGUGAAGGGUUUUCCGGAUAAGUUUUUAUCCUGGAUAAAAAGCUGUGUGAAUGAGGUUCCUUUCUCUGUUUGUGUUAAUGGUGCUCUGGAGGGAUUUUUUACUUCUUCGGCUAGUUUGAGACAAGGCUGUCCUUUGUCCCCUCUUCUUUUUGCAAUAGUCAUGGACGCCUUUUCUUGCUCCCUUGACGUCAGGAACCUUAAUUGUUUUCCUUGUGGACCCUUCUCUCUUAAUCACCUUUUGUACGCAGAUGAUGUGCUUGUUUUCGGGGAGGCUUCUACUCAGAAUGCUUGGGAGUUUCAUAAAUUUUUGAUGGAUUUUGCUUAUGCUUCUGGCCUGCACACCAACAAUGCAAAAUGUUCUAUCCUCUUCUCCACCAAUACUUCUCUGGCAAAUGAUAUUGCCCAUAUCUUGGGUCGUAUUAAAUUCUUGAGAUUUACUAUUGCAAACACAUUGGCUUACUGGAUUAGAGGAUCUAUAAUACCUAAAACCUGCAUCAAAUUGAUUGAUAGGCUCUGUGCUAGAUUUCUUUAUCAUGGGACCACUGUUGGAAAGAAACUGCAUUUGGUUGCUUGGAAGAAUACCUACCUUCCAACUUGUUUUAGAGAGUCAAGUAUACUUGCCCUUGGAAAUCCUCCUCAGCUAAAACUUCCAAAUUCUGGAAUUUCUUCCUCUAACUGCAAUUUAUCAUUUUUUUGGGAUCCUUGGCUUGGGGGAAAAUGUGUUGCUGACUUUUUUCCUCCACUGUUGGGUUGGCCCGAUAGCUUCAGGUUUUAUUUACAAGGUGGGGUUUGGUGCUUACCUGAUUUUAUUCCUAGAGAUGUUCAGGAUUUGAUCUCUGGUAUUCCUCUUACUGAUGAUAAUACAACGCCUCUUUCUUGGAAAUCAAGGAUUAACAAUAAGACUUCUUUUUUCAAAGCUUUUAGGCUUAAUUUCUAUAAGGGGAUACCGGAAGUUUCUUGGGCUAAAUAUAUAUGGCAUAAAAGGGCUGCUCUAAGGUUUUCCUCCUACUCUUGGCUCUUGAUUAAAAAUGGGCUUAAGACAGCUGAUGUCUUAGCUAAGAGGCAUAUCUACAUUGAUCCCAUGUGCCCUAUUUGUUUACGGGAACUGGAAUGCUCUUCUCAUUUAUUCUUCCUCUGUGACUUCUCUUUUGAUGUGCUCGCUGGGUUGUUGCCGAUACUCAAUUGUUUUCUUCUUAGACCUUCACUUUUGCAGCUUUUUGAAUUUAUGGAUGAAAUUAGCAUCUUUAAUGCGGUGGAGAAGAAUUUUUGUUAUUUUGUAGUUUGUUGUGUCAUUUACUUCUUGUGGAGAGAAAGAAAUGAUAGGAGAUUCUCGGGCACAAAUAUGACUCUUCCUGAGAUGCUUAAAAAGAUCACUUGGGCUAUUUCUCUCAAAGUUUAUAAUUGGAAAUCCUCUGAGGCGCUCCGUGCUACGUUCCCUACUUGUUUUAAUGGAAAUGUGGAUUCAUUGGGCAUUACGGGGCAAUGA